AAAUAGAUAUGUUAAGUAAGAGUUUGACAGUGUCCCAGAGAAAUAAGGUAUGCCUUGAAGAAGAGAUGAAAAAUCUCAAAUUGUUGUCAGAUGCAGCCAUAUUGAGGUCUCAGCAGAUUCACAUUUCAAGACAACAGGAAGUGAACUUGCAAGCCAGAUGCUACAAUUUGCAAAAAGAAGUACUAGAUUUACAGUGCCAAGUGGAGGCACUGGGGUUGAAACUUCAGCGGACAAUGAUGGAGCUGGACAAGUGUAAAGAAAUGCUCAUGAAUAAAUCUAAUGAAGCUGGUGACUGUCAACGAGAACUUAGAAAACUGAAGUUUGAAUCCGUUAUUUCUGAGUCACGGAACAGUAGGCUGCUUAAAGAAAAAGAAGACUCUUUAAUGACUUGUCAACAAAUAUAUAAAACUUUACAGGAAGAGCUGACUGCAAAAGAAAGGCAAGAAGAAGACAUAAAAAGAAGAAUUAACCUUGCAGAAAAUGAAUUAGAGAUAACCAGAACUCUUCUGAAUCAGACAAAGGAAGAGGUUAUGACACUGAAAAAUGAAAGGGAAUUGAUGCUGAUUUCACAUCAGAAAAGCAUCGAGCAGCUGCAGGAAACCCUUAGACAGAAGCUGCUGAGUGAUGAUAACUGGAGGGAAAAGAUUGAAGCUGAACUAGCCAAGGAAAGAAACCGACAUUUAGUUGAAUUCCAGGAGCAAGCUCUUCUCUUUAAGGAAGAAGCAAAACUGGAACUUGAUAUCGAAAAAGAAAAGCACCAGGAAAUAAUUCAAAAGUAUAAGAAGGAACAAGAAGAACUUCAAAUGAAGAUAUCUGACUUAAUCGCAGGAGCUACAAGAGACCUCAAGCUAGAAGUGACCACUCUUGAAAAAAAGCUCCAUGAAUCCCAUAAGCGAUAUGCUGAAGAAUCUGAGUCAAAGAAAAAGGAAAUUGAAACCCUUAAAAAUUUGGUUGCAGAAUUUCAAUCUCCCUUAAAGAAGGAAAUUAGCAGUAAUGAUUCAGUUUCAGAAGACUUGAAGAAGGAAAUGAAACAGAAGUCAGAUGAACUCGAAAGAAUGAUACUGGCACAAACACAACUGAUCCAGCAAUUUAACCAGUCCCAGGAAGAGAACUCCCUUCUCCAGGAGACGGUGCGGAGAGAGUGUGAGGAACGCUUCGAGCUGACGGAGGCCUUGAGUCACGCCAGGGAGCAGCUCCUGGAGCUCCGGAAACUCAGCGGAAGUUUGCCAUUGUCGCCGUGUCCCCUCAGUCAGGGCAAUCUAACCACCUCGGCCUCAGCAGUCAGAAAUCGGGCCGAGAGAAGCCUGGCGAGACCCAGCUCUGAAAAAGGGAUCAAAGGCCCCGGGGCGCACGGAGCGCCCAAGCCGGCCGUCUCCCCGACCCCGGCCGGGCCGCAGAGCGUGCGCCGCGCCGCGCUCCCCGCGCUGGGCCAGGCGCACCCGCCCCGGGGCCGCGUCGCCUCGGUGCCCGACAGCCGGCAGAGGCUGGCGGCGGUGCUGCGGAGGCUGAGCCGCCAGUGACGCCAGCGAGCCAGCCGGUGACCGUGACCGUGACCGUGACGGUGACCGUGCCGUGCCCGGGGGACCGAGACCGCACGUGUCUGCAGCGGCCGGCUCCCAGGCUCCGCGCCACACCCAAGGGUGCGCGUUUAAAUGUGCUCUGUGCGCGUGCCCUGGUAGAGAUCGC